GAUUUUCAAAGUGUCGUGUACGCUCCAGUGUCGGUACAUAUGGUGUUACGUUGCUCGGUGUGGUUUAUCAGUGAUACGCAUCACCCAUUUAUUGGAUAUAACUACAAUUUUCACACACCUCUAACAAGCAAGGAUUAAAACAUCAUGGAUCUGGGUGACAGAGUUUACGCUGCGGAACGGAUUACGAAGAAGAGGGAAAAGCGGGGCAAAGUAGAGUAUUUCGUGAAGUGGAAAGGAUGGAGCAAAAAAUACAACACAUGGGAACCGGAAGAAAAUAUUUUAGACGUCAGGUUAAUCGAAUUAUACGAGGAAAGUCAAAAAGGCGGAGAUGUAGCCACGAGGAGACCUAGGCGGAGGGACACUAGAUAUAAUGAACAAGUGCUGGCCAACCUGGUCGUCGAAGAAGAACCGGGCGGGGACGAAAGGGUCGGUGAAGACAGUCAAGACGAAUCAACUACCGGCAGCACGUCAGCUCCCCGUCUAAUUCCCGUUGCGCCUGACGAGGACACGCUUCCAAGUUCUCUCGACGGGCACGAAUCACCCACCGUUCCAGAAUUAUCCGCGUCCGCGUUCAGCGUCGAUUCAGAUAGUUCUAAUAGCAGCGUGGACAGUCCUUUGUUACCGAGGAGAGAACCGACGGGUACGAAGAGGAAGGCCGAGGUUCUCAGCAAAGAGUCUGGGAAAAUCGGCGUUACCAUCACCACAAGCAGUCCCAGCAGUGGUAGUGGAAGUCCACCGCCGAAUAAGAUUCCUCGAUUAUUACCUCUGAAGAGCAAUCCCACGUCCCCUUCUUACCCCAGUCACAAAAUUAAUGGUAGAAGGCCGUCAUCGUCCAGUGUAAAAUCGACACCGGACGAACCGGUACCCGCGGUGCCGACAACACCGGCCCCAGCGGUACAGGACAAGAAACGUCCCGAGGCGGACGUGCCGCACGGUCCUCCACCCUCGCUACCGCGUGCACCGCCGGCACCUCUGUCGCCUCAGAUAGACACGCCCCUAGAACAGCCUACCAAAAAGAGACACUUGUCCGAGCAAAAACAGGAGAAAUCGAACGGAGCUGUGACAGUGGACGCGAACGGUCACAAAUCGCCUAGCCCGACGGACUCUUACACGAAUAACAACAGGUUACCGCCGGUCGUCAACGGACAUCAUAGUCAUAACAACAACAACACCCAUAACAAUAACAAUAACAACAAUAGCAACAAUAACAACAACAACAACAACACCACGACGUCGAAUAUCAAACAGACGGAAAUCACGAAGACAGACAUCUACGUUCCGCCUCUGUCCAGUCCCGGUACGGAUUACUGGCACGCGAGGAAUCCAGUCGCCGAUCAGGUGUUCAUUACAGACGUCACGGUGAAUCUGAAAACCGUUACCAUCAGGGAGUGUAAGACUGAAAAAGGAUUCUUCCGGGAGAGGGAUCCCAAGAGCGAUAUCUAUUAACGUUCUUCGUUUAAGGACGUGUAAUACUAAUUGUGAAUUAAGAUUCAAAUUACCUUGUACAUAUAAAUUAUUUUCACACGUCGAGUGGUAAGCCGAGAAUAUAUAAUGACUGUACCAAGCGAUUAAAAAAAAAACAAAACAAAAAAAUAACACUUUUCUAAGAAAUCGACGGACCUCGUGGUCACGGACUAUCGAAGACACAUGUAAACAUUCACCGACAAGUUUCCGAUAUUCGAUCGUUGCGUACGGGAACAACAAACUUUUCAAUAUGUCGAUAUCCGUGGGUUUCCUUUAAUCGGUAUAAAUGAGAACUAUACGGGAACGACGAUGGUACGGAGACUAUCGUCGUCGCCGUCGCCGCGACGAUUUCCCAUGGAAACGAUACGUCGUAGUUCGCGCAUUGUGUGAUAUGCACUUGUACGUUUUAAACAGAAAGAAGAAAAAACGCUUGAUAGACUUUUUAACUGAACGAGAAAAGAUCUGAAGAGGACAUUUAAAGAGGGUAGAAUACGUUUUCUCAAUUGAUUGCAUUUCCGCUUCGAUUUAGAAUUCUGCAGAGGUGAAACAGUGUGUAUAAAUUAGUGGAAUUAAUUUCGAAUUUUACUAUGGCAAAUAGUACAGAUCUGGGUAACAAAAAUAUUUUUCUAAUUCGUUUUUAGAAUAAUCGAAGCAGCUUCGUAGAAGCGAAUUUGAA